AUGGAGUAUAACAUAGCAAAUAUAUUUAUCUCGUUUGCCAUCAUGUACUCCGUGGCAGUAGCCUCGGGUUCAACAGAAAAAAAUAAACAAACAGAUUCAGUUCGAACACAGGCCAUUCUGGAUAGAGCCUACUUGCGUGUAUGUCCUCCAAUUGGAAACUCAAAAUUUGAAGCACAGACUUUACAAACUACGUCACUGAUGUUCGGAUGUGCCUAUAUGGAAAGUCUACAAGCCUAUUCUCCAUUGUUCCAUUUGUGGUUGGAGCGCCCCGAGAAAAUAUUUGUACACGGAAAUUGCGACAACAUGCAAAAUAUGGACCAUUUCAUGUUUGAGUGCUUGUCCAAACUUAGCGAAUCAUUGCCGACCGAUCAAGAUGAAUUUGAAACAGGCUGGCAAUAUAUAUCGCUACUGGAACACACAGCAGAGUCAAUGGAAAAUAAAACUAAAACACGAACCUACAGAUGUGCAUUGUACGCUGUGGAUGACCAAGACUAUAAUAUGGUUAGAUCAAUCCAUAUGGUGAUAAGCAAGCCGGUAAUAGGAGAGCAAUUUGAUGUAAGUCAGUGCAAUGGUCUGUUGGAAAUUUUGGCACGAGAUCAAAACAAACCAAACAUCCCCAAGGGAUAUCGAUAUUGGCCCGACGGGUCUUUAUACAUCUAUUUAUUAGGAAGAAAGACAACAAUCUUCGUCACCAAUCCAUCAACAACCACCACCUCCAGGCGUCCACCAACAACUACUACCACUAGUCGCCCAUCAGCAACGACCAGUCAGCCAUCAAAAGCGAUCAGUCAGCCAUCAACAGCAACCAGUUGGCCAUCAACAACGUCCAGUUGGCCAUCAACAACGACCAGUCGGACAUCAACAACGACUACCACCAAACGUCCCACUACAACUGUAAAAACCAUGACCACAGAAAAACCUCAUCAUCCUUCUUGGUUUUUUUUCCCAAAUUACUAUUUAUAUUAUAUUUAA